CUUGGUUUUCUUUAGCAGAAUAGUUUUUGUUAUUGUUCCAGUUCAUAAAACACCUGUUAUUAGCCUUGUUGUAACAAAGUCAUAAUGCAUGCUUGAUGUAUAACGGGUGGAGCAUAUUUUUUUCUGGGCAUUGACUAUUGGCAUUAUUGUUCUCCAACUUCUGUAUUUACAGUUUAUCAUCCGGACCAGACCAACACCGCGCAGAGGGUCUGUCUGUGUUUCUCCGUUCUUAAACCUGUUCUCAUGGAAACUAAAGCGGGUCAUUUGUCUCCCCUCUACAGUACCAAAUCAGAGCAUUAGAGGCUCCAUUAUGUACAGAGCAACAGUCUUACUGCAUGUCCCGAUGAAGACAGCUCCUCAUCAAUUCUACUCCCCACGCUUCUCUUCUUCACGAUGGCCGGCACGGACAUAGACAUCUUCGCUAAUGAAGAGAAGCGUAGCCUGGAGCUGGGCGGCCAUGUCGGGUUUGACAGUCUUCCAGACCAGUUGGUCAGUAAAUCAGUCACACAGGGAUUCUGCUUCAACAUCCUGUGUGUCGGUGAGACAGGGAUAGGGAAGUCGACGUUGAUGAACACGCUGUUCAACACACUGUUUGAGGCCGAAGAGGCCAGCCACUACCAGAACGGUGUGUACCUGCGGCCCAGGACCUACGACCUGAAGGAGAGCAACGUUCAGCUCAAACUGACUGUAGUCGACACCGUGGGGUUCGGAGACCAGAUCAACAAGGAGGAGAGCUUCAAACCCAUAGUGGACUACAUCGACACCCAGUUUGAGACUUACCUGCAGGAGGAGAUGAAGAUCAAACGUUCCCUGUUCGACUACCACGACACCAGGAUCCAUAUCUGUCUCUACUUCAUCUCCCCAACCGGACACUCUCUCAAAUCACUGGAUCUGGUCACCAUGAAGAAACUGGACAGCAAGGUAAACAUCAUCCCCAUCAUUGCCAAGGCAGACACCAUAUCUAAAAGCGAGCUGCACAAGUUCAAGAUCAAGAUCAUGUCAGAGUUGGUGAGCAACGGUGUUCAGAUCCACCAGUUCCCCACUGAGGACGAGGCUGUCACCGAGAUCAACUCCUCCAUGAAUGCCCAUCUGCCCUUUGCUGUGGUGGGGAGUGUUGAGGAGGUUAAAGUGGGUAAUAAGAUGGUGAAAGCCAGACUGUACCCCUGGGGAACUGUACAGGUGGAGAACGAGAGCCACUGUGACUUUGUGAAGCUGAGAGAGAUGUUGCUGAGAGUGAACAUGGAAGACCUGAGAGAGCAGACUCACGCCAGACACUACGAGCUCUACAGACGCUGCAAACUGGAGGAGUUGGGCUUCACAGAUACAGACCCCGACAACAAACCCUUUAGUCUGCAGGAGACGUAUGAGGCCAAGAGGAAAGAGUUCCUGGGGGACCUGCAGCAUAAGGAGGAUGAGAUGAGACAGAUGUUUGUCAACAAGGUGAAGGAGACCGAGGCAGAGCUGAAAGAAAAGGAGAGGGAGCUCCAUGAGAGGUUUGAGCAGCUGAAGAGGAUGCACCAGGAGGAGAAGAGGAAUCUGGAGGAGAAGAGGAGCGAUCUGGAGGAAGAGAUGAACGCAUUCAACAGGAGGAAGGUGGCAGCUGAGACGCUGAUGGGUCAGUCUCUACAGGGAUCCUCACAACCGUUCAGAAAGGACAAGAAGAACUUCUUUAGUCUUCCGUCUGCGUGCUCCCUAACAGCAGGAAGGAAUUUAAAUUAGAAGACUGACUUUCUACCACGCCAAAAGGAUGGCUGUUUUAUUCUUCCCCUAUUGACAAUUAACAAUCUAUUGAGCUUACUAUUUUUUACAGUGUGAUUCAAAGGUACAUUUUUGUAAAAAUAUUGUGCAUCCUAAAUGGCACCCUAUUCCCUAUAAUGUGCCCUACUUUUGACCAGGGUGGCACCCUAUUCCCUAUAAUGUGCACUACUUUUGACCAGGGCGGCACCCUAUUCCCUAUAAUGUGCACUACUUUUGACCUAAGCCUCUGGUCAAAAAUAGUGCAUUACAAAAGGAAUAGAGUGUCAUUUGGGAUGCAUUCCUUGCUGUGCUGUGCUCUCCUUCCUGAACUCUUCAAGUGAUGUUCUUACCUAAUACCUAGUCUUGGAGUCUUCCAUACAGCUCAGCAUAUUAGUACACACGUUCUCUAAUAGUCAGAGAGUAUAUAGGCUAUAUAUAGGGCUAUAAAGUAGUGCAUUAUAUAGGGUGAUAUUGGGGAUGCAACUUUGGUUGAAUAAAAGCUGAUGCUCUAUAGCAUGCUUCUCUGCAUGACAUUUUACACAUUACUGUCUUCAAUAAGCAUAAGAUAACUAGCUGAGGUGCCAGUCUGUUUCUGUUCUAGAAAGCAGUUGGUAAGAGAGCAGUAACCGACUGGCAUUCAGGCUGCAAGACAACAAUUUUCAGAUUAAAAUCCACCAGAGUUUAUUAAGUAGUUCAUUAGGUUAAUAAAUGUGUUUUCCAUGCUGUUGUCAGGGUUUAUUUACCCUGACUGUUCUAUGUAUUGACUAGUGACUCGUCUUAUUCCACUGAAAAGCUGUACGUCUGUUAUUAAGGACACUGCAACCUGCAAGAGGUUGUUACGGUUGUCUAUUUAUAAGAAAUAAGAACUUUAUUUAACAAACUGUGACUCUGUGGAAUAUGAUCUAUGGAUUAGUCUACCUACUUAAAUAGUAGUGAUCUUUGUGCUCUGGCGGUUGGGAUUGUAUCAUUUGAUGGCUAUAGAUCAACCACCAAGGUGUAUUUGUCUGAAAUUAAGAACAAUAUUCCAGAAGAACAAAAUGAGCUUCUUUCAAUUGUUAUUUGAAAUUUACACUAAAACUACAAAAUAUAAAUGUUAUCCUAAAGUGUCCAAGAUUAUAGUUAAACAAUCUUCAAAAUAAGUUGUCUUAUAGAAGUGAUUGAUUAUACCCUAUCUCGUAUAGAUUUGUAUUUGCUCGCUAUUAAUAAAGCUACUUUGAACAAUGUUUUCACCUCCUCUUUCAUUCAAUGUCCAUGAAUACAUUCUGACAGCUCUUAGGUUUGGUGUGUACCUCUUCUCAUGUCGACACAGGCUAAUAGGGUGUCACAGCACCACCGCACUCUCUCCGCCUUGAGCCCCUGGCUUUCUAGACUGUUCUGGAGUCCAGAGCAAUGAUGGAGUGGUCCAGGCACAGAGUUACUGGUUUCCAGAGCCCCUGGCUUUCUAGACUGUUCUGGAGUCCAGAGCAGUGAUGGAGUGGUCCGGGCACAGAGUUACUGGUUUCCAGUUACCAAAUAGU